UUUUCAAACAUGUCAGCCGCCAGUUGUCUGUAAAUUUUACACCUUGUUAUCGUCAUUAUUAUUUGAACAGGCAAAAUGUCGGACGGAGACGGCAAAGGAAUAUCUGAGAAAGAGAAAGAGUCAGCUUUACAGAAUGAAAAAGAAAAGGAUACCACUAACGGUAAAGAUGGAAGGGCUUCAGCGAAAUCUAAGGUGUCAACUCCAUCAGCAAAGGGUAAAAGUCCGACUAGAAGUAAACCUAACAGUGCUACAAAAAGUCCUAAACCAGGCGUCAGUGCACGGAGCGACAAGAAAGGUACCCCAACUCCCAGAGGUAAAGGUAAAGGUAAAGCUGAAGAAAAGAAAGCCGAUACACCUGUAGCUGCUUCAACAGAUGGAACAGAAGAUGGCGGUUUACCUGAAAAUGCUGUGCCUUUUUUCAUGACAUCAAAAACUCAGGAAAUAUUUAAUUGUCGUUGUGAUGAGGAUGUUAGCCAAGAGAUGCCGUUUAAAAUGUUAGCUAAACAAGAAAUAUUGGACGAUAUGAGGAAUCGGGCCGCUGUUUGUGAUUUCCAUGUAUUGAAGAAAGAAAUCAUGGAUUAUCCUACUGAUGAGAUAUUGGUUGUAUAUGAUUAUGAUUUUAAAUAUGGACAGAAUUUCUACAUCGCCUUAACAGAAGAAGCUAAAGAUAAACUCAUGAAUCCACCACAAGAAGGUAGAGAAGGUGGUUUAGAUGAAGAUGAAGAAGAAGCAGAACCAGUUGUAUAUAAAUAUAUUCCACCUGAACGUAAAGAAUGGGUCUCGUAUGGUAGUGAGGUGGAGGUGAUAGAAGAAACUGUUAAAGAUAAUCGUGAAAGGGUGAAGAUCUCAUUCCGUAGAAAACGAUCAGAAUUUGGAGCACCAAUUAGCUUCACUGAUCGGAAUGUAGCCGACGCCAAAGAUGGCUUUGUGGAAUGUGUAUCUUAUGAAGACAGAAACUUUGAUCUGAAUAGAAUGGAACUCGACAAGGGAACUCAGGCUAUUCCUGAAUUUGAUGUAGCUGGCACACAAACCAACUGGACUUAUCCUCGUAACGCAAACACACAAUAUUAUCCUCGACUCUUUACAGAAGAUGAACAAAUGAAGAUAGAAACUUCAAAAAAUCUACACAACUUUUUAAAUGACGCUGCUCCAAGAUUUGAGUUGGCUCUACAACAGAAUGAGAUAAUGAAUGUAUUUUAUAACGAUUGGUUACAUCUGGGAGAAGAAGAGAAUGCUUUAGGUAUCAAGGCUGACAAUCAUCUUAAAGAAUAUCAAUCAUUUACUGAUCUACAGUUUAGUAAAGAAAAGAGAAUCACCUGUAUACAGUGGCAUCCAUCAAUUAAAGGUGUGGUGGCAGUAGCUGUAGCCCAACGUUUAUCGUUUGAUGAAAGAAUCGACAACGCUAGUAAAAUUAUCAUGAAUCCAUCUUUAAUUCUAAUCUGGAGUUUUGCAGACCCAAUACAUCCACAGUUAUUAUUAGAAGCACCAGAUGAUAUUUAUAGUUUUCAAUGGUGUCCGAGCGACCCAAACAUCAUAGUAGCUGGUUGCUAUAAUGGACAAGUAGUAUUAUGGGAUAUAUCGACAGUAGCAGAUCGACUCAAACAACGAGGUCAAAAUAAAACUAAGAAAACCAUGGUUUUACCUGGUUUUGAAGAUCCGAAUGCCCUGAAGACACCAGUAGUUCGUUAUUGUGCUGUGUCUAGUAUUGAACACAGUCAUAAAGCUAGAAUAACAGAUAUACAAUGGAUACCAGAUCAUAUGGAGAUUAAUAAAUUAGGAGAACCAAAGGAAAAUAGAAAUAAUCAUUGUGUACAAAUAAUGACUUGUGCUGCGGACCAUUGUGUUUUAAUCUGGGACACCCGACCGAUGAAAGUUUUACAAACGAAAGACGAUGAUAAAGGUCCGAAGAAUCCAAUGGGUGUCCCCAAUACAUUUAGACAUCUUGACUUAACGUGGAAACCACUUUUAAAGGUUCAGUUACACAAGUCAGAGCCUGGUGGUGAUCAUAGUCCUAUCAAAUUUACUAUACAAGAAAAACAGGGGCGAAAACCCAAUAAAGGUGGAGAUUUAACAGAAAAAGAAUCGAAUCUGUCCGGUGGAUUCUCCUACAGUAAACCGUCGUCAGGAAAAGAAAAGAAAACGUUACAAGAUGUCAAAACACAUUUCUACGUCGGAACUGAGGAUGGGGAAGUUGUGUUUGUUGAUUGGAUGCCACAGAAAGAUCAAGAUACAGGAAAAAUACAGACUCCUAAACCUGACUACUACCAUGCCCUACAUGAUGGUCCUGUCACUACGCUACAACGAUCGCCUUUCUUUAAAGAUAUUGUUUUAUCUGUGGGAGGUUGGACGUUGGCUUUAUGGAAGGAAGGAGUCACGUCUGGUCCUAUUUUACAUUCGUGUGCUGAUUCUGUGAAACUAACCGGUGGUCACUGGUCUCCAUCUCGACCUGGCGUGUUUUUUAUAGCUAAAUCUGACGGUAAUGUUGAUGUGUGGGAUUUAUUAGAUAAAACUCACGAAGCCUCCAUGUCACAGAGCAUCUCUGGUGCUGCUAUAACAACACUUUAUCCUCAUCAAGUCACACAGAAACAACAGUUACUGGCAGUAGGAGAUAACUCUGGUACCCUUCAUAUACUAGAAAUACCCUGGAGUCUUCGUCACCCAACAAAUAAUGAGUAUAAUGGGGUACAUAAUUAUUUUGAUCGGGAAAUCAAGAGAAGAACGUUUGUCGUGGAAAGAUGGGAUUUUAGAGAGAAAGAAAAGAGAGAGUUGGAGGCCGAAGCCAAACGUAAAGCCGGAAUAGCACCUAACGUUGUUUUAACUGACGAAGAAAUAGAAAUAAAACAGAAGAUAGAAUAUCAGGCCUAUUUAGACGAGGAAUCUUCGUUUCUCCGAGAGCUUGGAUUAAAGGAUGAUUCGGAACCGUUACCUGAAGUUUAACAAUGCCAAGUAUUUUCCAGUAAUAAUAUUUCUCUGAUCGGAAAAGAAUUUCACAUCGGGCAGUUAAUAAGAAUAAUGCUUGGUUUUUAUUUGAAGGAAUAAAACCACGCCCUCCGUCUUUACUUUAUAUAUUUAUUUUAAAAUACUGUGAUGGCCGAAUACCUCCAUACAUUAUGUAAAAUAUUUUUAAAAAUAAUCAUCGGCCUACGAGUGAUAAGAGAGCUCUAAAUUUUUCAGUCCGAUUUUAUUGAUACAUAUCGACCAAAAAAUCUCUGAUUAUGUUACUGCCUGAAAAUGUAUUGGGGUUAUUUUUUUUUUUUAAUCCUUUAAAUUUUAGUAAAUGUAAAUAUUGACUACCCCAGGUCCUUGAAGUAUAUUACAGAAAGGUGAUAUAGUUCAUAUUGGUACAUCCUUCCUUAAACCCCACCAAACAGCUCGAGAAGGGUUCAAUUAUAAUCCUGAGAUAUUUGUCAGGACCGUAGCCGUGGGGUUGGUUGGCCCAACGGUUUAACGCAUGUAAUGAAAUGAAAUGGGGUUCAACGUCUUACUCCGACUGGGCUAAUGAAGACAGAUUUAACGCAUGUGAUUUUGAUUUAGAUAUGCUCCGGCAUUGAGUGAAGUGACAUGUUUUCAAUUCCCUGCUUGUUAUACGUGACGAGGAAUAGGGUCGUCUGUCCAACCUAUAUGUUAGUCCCGAAAUGACCUAGUUUGUAUAGAGUGGAUUACAAUCUAUAAGUAUUUUAAGUUUGAUCAUAUUGUAAUUAUCAUGUUUGUUAUUGUAUUUACAUUAUUAAUAUUUGUUAUUUAUUUCCUCAACAUAAAAAAAUGUGAAAAAAAAAAUGAAUAUUUAAAUAAAAUACAUGUAUACAUUA